AUGCCAGGAAUCCUGCCUAUGAAGGUUAUCAAGGUGGGCAACAGCUCACAGAGCCGUAUUGCCCAGGCCUGCGACCGCUGCCGCAGCAAGAAGAUCCGCUGCGAUGGCAUCCGGCCAUGCUGCUCCCAAUGUGCCAAUGUCGGCUUCGAGUGCCGCACCAGCGACAAGUUGAGCCGCCGCGCCUUCCCCAGAGGCUACACUGAGUCCCUGGAGGAGCGUGUGCGUAGCUUGGAGGCCGAGGUGCGCGAGCUCAAGGAUCUGCUGGACGAGAAAGAUGAGAAGAUCGACAUGCUCUCCAAGAUGCACAGCAAUCGGCAAGGUCGCGAGGGCUCCAGCAGUCCUCCUGCCGACAUCAAGAAGGAGUUGAAUCCCCCGCCAAAAGAGGAUACAUUUCGAGUCCAGUCCUCGCCGUUACUGCUGGGCGUUGAGAACUCAGACUCCUACUACAUGGGCGCUGCCAGCGGCCGUGCCUUCAUUGAGGCCUUUAAGCGGAAGCUGCAGGAAAGCGGCAAGUCCUGCGCCGACUUUAACCCCGAAGCCUUUCUUCACAUUCAGGGCUGCUGGCCCUUGACUGCAAAGCCACCAACCCAGUCGAUGAGGAUACCACCACGGCUGUUCUCCGAUCGCUGUGUCAAUAUUUACUUCCAGGAGUGGGCACCUCUCUUCCCUAUUCUUCAUAAGCCGACCUUCCUUCGCGUUUACGAGGAAUUCGUUGCCGACCCAGAGAAAAUCAAGAAUAACCAUAAGCUCUCGCAACUCUAUCUUGUCUUUGCCAUUGCUGCUCUGUCUAGCGAACAGCCAGAUCUCCACCAGAUCGCCGCCUGCGAGCAGCAAUGGCAACGGUCUUUGGAGGCCAUCAUCAUGGAUAAUACCAUGCAGACACUUCAGUGCCUGCUGUUGGCUCUCCUCUACUGCUCCAUUCGGGCCGAUUUUAAGCGGCUCCAGCACUACAAGGGCAUUGCCGUUGGCCUAGCCCACCGCCUAGGUCUGCACCAGAGCCAAAAGAGGUUCUCUUUUGGUGUCCUUACCAUUGAGACCCGGAAGAAGGUCUUCUGGAGCCUUUAUACUCUGGACUGCUUCUCUGCGGCCAUGCUUGGUCUCCCUAAGCUCCUCAAGGAGGAGGACAUCCACUGCGAGUACCCUUGUGAUACCGAUGACGAAUACGUUACAGAGAAGGGCUUCCAGCCGAGUUUGCCGGGUGAAGCCACUCGGUUGUCUAAUGCCCUUGCCUUGUUCAGAUGUUCUCGCAUCCUGAGCAAGAUUCUGGAGAAGAUCUACCCUUCUGCUCCCACUGCUGAGCUCUCCCUACAGCUCAUGGACAGUCUUGAAGCCGAGUUGAACGAGUGGUAUGAGAAGCUUCCUCCGCACCUCAAGCUUAACUUUAAGCAAGACAAGCCAUCGACCGACGUUACCGGCAGCCGGUCACCCAUCCUUGCUCUUGCUUACUACUACUGCCACACGCUCAUCUUCCGCCCGGCGGUCACCUCGACCCUGGGCACUAAGGCUGCUCCUGCCCUGCUUAAAGUCAGCGAAGCAGCUAAACACAUGAUUCAAAUCAUGGAGCUCCUCGAGGAGAGGAACAUGUCCUUUUCCUUCUGCCUAAACAAGGGCGAUCUACUUAUGCUUUGCGGCACUGUCUUGCUCUUCCAGACUAUGGAUCUCAAGCAGGACAGCAAGGUGCUCCGUGACAACGAGAAGUUGAUUAAUUCUGUUAUCAAAGCCGCUGAUAGGCAAAAGGCACCUGGUAUCUACGAUUUCAAGCGGGUUGCCGGCCUGAUGGUUACGGUCGACGAGCCGCCGCCGCAGUCGCUGCCCACACCUCCCCGUCAGAGCCCGGAUACUUGCCUGAGCGCACCACAACAGCGCGCGUCGCCAACUGCCGCUCACAAGGCGCACCCGACUCUCGGCCGGCAUCUCAGCGCCAGCGUGAGCGAAACAGACCUGCUCAUGCAGCAAGAAAAGCUGCGCAGGAUGACGAUGCCGCAUCACCCUCAGGCUGCCGCGCACAUCCCUCAAAGACCUCGGGGCUCCUUCGACAGCACAAGACCAACGAUUCCGCUAACCCAACGCGAUCAUCGUCUGUCGCUCAGCCAGCCCCAUGUCUCUCAGGCCGCUCCCAUGCUCGGGCGUCUUCCCACCUCUCCCGGUGCUAACAUCAAGCCUGAUGUGGAGUACCACCUGCCAAUUCAUGGUAGCUCCCACUCACAACCGUCUUCCCCAGUCCAGACACGUGGACCUGCGCCGCAUCCAUCCAUGACUCCUGCCCAGCAGGCUCACCUGUACGCUCAACUCCAGAAGGGCUCGAAUGCUUCGGGUGCUGAGUGGGAGGCGCUUCUGGGCUCUCUCGAUGGUGGUCAGCUCAAUGUGUAUGAUGCUAUCUAUGGCGGACCUAGCCUAGCAUUGGCGGAAACUCCUGUGUCGACAACGCCUACAAGCACAACAGCUACGACGGCGUCUACAGCAGCCUGGUCUCCUGAGUCUUGGGAUCUUUCCAGCUUCAACCUGGGUGACUUUAAUUCUGGGUCUGGGUCAUCGCACAGCGUUGUCAGUAUGAGCGAGGAUGGGCUGAGCUCAAGCGAGGAUCUGGUCAGUAUGGGCAGUAUGGAUUUCCGAAACACCAUUCUGCCUACGACGGCUGAAUGUGCGGUAGCGGGCUCUGUUCCGGCGGUAGCGCCAGCUCCAGAGGGGUUCCAUGUCCUGGACCCUAUGCAUAGCGGCUUUCCGCUAUAA